AUGUCUCUCCAAUCUAUCAAAACGCCGACUUUGAUAACUCCGACCACCGUUGCUUCCUCCUCUAAUGUCAACAAGCUUCAAUCUUUCAGAGUCGCCGUCAACAAUCGCCAGCCGUCGUUCUACGGAACCCGUUUGAAUCUCAGCCUCAAACAAGCUUCUCCGGCACCGAAAUUCCGGUGCUCUGCGUCGGCGCUUACGCCGCAGCUUAAAGAUACAUUGGAAAAGUUGGUGAAUUCGAAGAAAGUUGUCCUUUUUAUGAAAGGAACGAGAGAUUUUCCGAUGUGUGGAUUUUCUAACACGGUGGUUCAGAUCUUGAAGAAUCUGAACGUGCCUUUCGAAGAUGUGAACAUAUUGGAGAACGAGAUGCUUAGACAAGGACUUAAAGAGUAUUCGAAUUGGCCGACUUUUCCUCAGCUUUACAUCGCCGGUGAGUUUUUCGGUGGUUGUGAUAUUACUCUUGAGGCUUUUCAGAGUGGUGAAUUGCAGGAAGUUGUUGAAAGAGCUAUUUGUUCUUGA